CCGGGGGCUGGUCCCGGGCCCGGCCGCGCCUCCCGCCCCGCCCCGCUCAGGUAUCAGGUGAAACUGCUCGGGAGUGCGGGCGGAGUUGUGGCGGCUGGGGCGCGGUGAGAGGAUGGCUGCGCGCCGUGACUUGUGCCUGCUGCUGGUGCUGCUGUUCUGUGCGCUGCUGGGAGCUGCCGCCGCCGCUGAAGGGAAUAAUGGAUCCAGCAAAGCAAAAGGAAGAAGUUUCAUUGGCCAGAAGGUUCUAAAUGUCAAUAAUUCUGAAGAGUUAUACAAGGUGGAUGAAUUUGUAGCAGACGUCCUCACAGGAAAGCUGACUACAGUUUUUCUUCCCAUUGUUUAUAUCUUUGCUUUUAUAGUUGGUUUGCCAAGCAAUGCCAUGGCCCUCUGGGUCUUUUUCUUCCGAACAAAGAAGAAACAUCCGGCUGUGAUUUAUAUGGUUAACUUGGCAUUGGCAGACCUUCUUUUUAUUGUCUGGUUUCCACUGAAGAUUUCAUACCAUCUAAACGGCAAUAACUGGCUAUUUGGUGAAGGUCUCUGCAAAGUAUUUGUUGGAUUUUUCUAUGGAAAUAUGUACUGUUCCAUCCUCUUUAUGACAUGUCUCAGCGUACAACGGUAUUGGGUUGUAGUGAACCCCAUAGUGAAUUCAAAAAAGAAAUCAGAAAUUGCUUUAGGCAUCUCCAUUGCUAUCUGGAUACUGAUUUUGUUGGGCACCAUUCCAUUGUAUCUUGUUAAUCAGACAGCAUAUAUUUCAAAUCUUAACAUCACAACCUGCCAUGAUGUGCUGCCUGAAAAUGUUUUGGCUCAUGAUAUGUUCAGUUAUUUCCUCUCACUUGCAACUGGACUUUUCUUAAUCCCAGCGAUCAUCACUGCUAUUGCAUACAUUCUAAUGAUUAAGACCCUGAGUGCUUCCAUCAUAGAUGUAAGCACUGGAAAGAAACGAAAAAGAGCAAUUAGACUCAUUAUUGUUGUCCUGUCCAUGUAUCUCAUCUGUUUUACACCUAGCAAUGUGCUGAUUAUUGUGCACUAUUCACUCCUCAAAGCCUACAGCCAGAGCCAUGUGUAUGUGUGGUACAUAACUGCGCUUUGUCUUUCCAUUUUGAAUAGUUGUAUUGAUCCCUUCAUCUAUUACUAUGUUUCAAAAGACUUCAGAUACAACCUUAAAUAUGCUCUUCUUUGCCGAAGUGUGCGAACUACACAGAGGAUGCAAGUGUCUCUCUCAUCAGGCAGGUACCCCAAGAAAUCAAAUUCUUAUUCUUCAAACUCAAGUAGGACCACUAAAUCAACCUACUGAGUUUAAUCUUAGAAAAGUGAACUUUUGUUAUUACUGAUGAAAGGAUGUGAGUGACAGUAGUCUUACUUUGUUCGAGAGAGUCUGAAGAAACACCUCUGCGUUUUAAUUACAUUGAAGCCUGGAAUUUGGAACUGACAAUUGCUUAUUUUGUGUAGAAAUCAUAAGCAAAUAAAUCUUCCUGGGAAACUGGGGGAGGAGAAAAGACAUUUCAGAUGCUGUGCAAAAAUGCUGCUGACCUAGAAGUGAGUUGUGGCUGUAGAUGUACUUGUUGAAUAUAAAAGUUGCUAAAAAGUGAA